AUGGAGGGAAUGUGGGAGAACAUCCUUCGGAACCAUAAGAACUCGUUCAAAUCCCUAUUCCACCGCAGCAAGCCUUCUUCGCCCGACGCCAACACCGCCGAUGACAUCGCCAAUUCCCCCAAAAUCCCUCAGCUCUCUACUCUCGCCAAUUCGUGUUUCGCUGUUCCAAAAGAAGCUGAUUUCUUCACAAGCCACUGA